AUGGGCUUCUGUAGAUAUUGCGGGGAUCUUGUGCUCAAAGAUCGUUGUGGAAAAUGCGGAGGAUAUGCAGUUGCCGCGUCAUUCUCAUGGAACCCUGGAAAGACUAAUGCAGAGAGUACAGAUCGCUGGAAGAAGACAUACACCGUAGAGAAACCCACAAAGGCUACUCCAACAGAACCUGCCACACAGCGAGAACGGUCGACUUCUACGCCGGCGGCAGCGACGAACAACAAGUCUGGCAUCACGUUUCCGGCGCCUGUGACGCCCGUGCGGCGCUUCUCGCGUCCAGCACUCAACAACCGAAUAUCUGCACAUAUUUCUGCCACAACAUCGACUACUGAGCGUUCGCCGUUGACGAGUAGGCAGCUUGCCGACACACUAAACUCGUCUCCUUCCGGGAACCCAAUAUUAGACGAUGGUGUGACGUUAUCAAAGGUCUACGGGUCGGUUCUGCAAAGUCCCGAAUCGCUCGCUUCGUAUGCAUGCGCCGAAUGUGGAAGCAUUUUUACUCGCGAUGCGACACUCUAUCCAGACCCAACGGAUCUCUCUCGCAUGCUUUGUCGACCAUGCUUUAUGGGUGCUGGUGCGAGCGAUGGUGAAGGCGUUGGUCCUGGUGUCAAGGGGGAAUGCGCCGCAUGCAAGAAGCCAGUGGUGAUGCUGCGCUCCGAGGGAGGGUUCGUAGAGAAUAGCGGGAGACUAUGGCACUCAAAGUGCUUUGUCUGUGAUGGCUGCUUCAAGAAUAUCGCCGAUCGUGCGAGCGUCGACCUAUAUGGACGACCAUGUUGCACAGAAUGCUUCGAUACGUCUCUCAGCAGGCCAUUGCGCUCGAGUGUGAGUGGAAACGCAAAUGGAAAAUUGUCCAAGAGCAACAGCCCAAGCAAAGAGGAUCUUGAUGGCGGGCGGAGGCGUAGCAUGGGCAAAGUCGAGGAUGAUAGUAAAGCGACGAUGGAUGAACUUUCGCGCAAGCUGGGAAUCCAGUCCAAGGAAACCACUCCAUCCAAACCUCCUGUAGUGGACCUUACGACCCCCGUCUCAAAGCGUUCUUCAAUUAUUGAAGACCGCAUUGCAUCCUCCAACCUUGCUGACCUCAGUGAGCGUCUACGAACGACGAGCUUUGGUACGACGAGCUCGCGUACGAGUCUUGACCGUGACGAUGGUGUCACACCACGGAGCCGACGAACGUCUGCAUCGCGGUUCCCGAAACCAGCAAACUAUGUGUCGUCCAUACGAGCCUCUCCUGAUCACAAAGCUCGUCGUAUCAGUCUCCAGCAGUCCAUGAGCACACCCGAUCUGACCUCGGACGUGUCUGAUGGCGCAGAGAGCUCUUGGCCGAGUCCCCCGACACCCAAAGGAGAUGCUACGGCCUCAAACUCUGUUCCUGCUUCUUCUUCAACCGUAGUGGAGGAUGCAGAAGCUGUAUGCGACGAGUGCCAUAAACCGCUGUAUUCCAUUGUCGGCGGUGGACGUAUCGUCACGGCUCCUUCGGAAUCUGGUUUCCCAGGUCGGUACCAUAGUACUUGCUUUAUCUGCAAUAGCUGCCGAAAGCCCUUUUCUGAAAAAGAUGGUGUGGCGGCUUUUGUGGUGACCGACAAUGGUCUUGUACAUCCACAGUGUGCGCCACUUCCCAAGCCAACGAUUGUUACUAGGCAGCGACCACUUUCUAUUGCUCCCAUCGUUCGACCAGACCCCCCAGCCCCUAAACCUGCAGCCCCUCGACCAGUCUCUGCACUUGGGAAUGCACCUCCGCAAACGCCCGUAUCUGCAACGCCCUUUACCUUCAACAGUAAGCGAUGUGCCGGGUGCGACAGGACGGUUGCCGUCAUGGAACCCGGCGUCGUUCCAGGACCGAAUGGCAGUCGAUGGCAUUCUUCGUGUCUCGUUUGUGGUGGAAAGGGUCACAAGAAACGGGCGGGCGAACCCGGAUGUGGCAAAAAGCUGGAUCGAGAUGCAAAGUUGGAUCGAGAAGGUCGGACGUGGUGUUCAACUUGCAUGACUCUGCUCAUCUUGAACGGCUCUAUCACCUCUGCCCCCACACGGACGCCUGUAUCGGCGACAUAUACGGGCAAUUCGUGGGUUUCGUCGCAGCAUACUGGAUCUUCUGCAUCUUUUGCGCCUCAAUCCACUGGAACAUCGACUUCGACGGCGCACGAACAACGACCAGGAUCGGUCACACCGACAAACAAUAGCGCAAUGGACACGCUCACGCGUCGCGCGGCAGGUGCAAUGAGCCCUACGAUGGGUAUGAUGGGUGGUGUGCCAGUAAAUCGUACGCUCAGCGCGCGGAGAGCCGCUCGUCCGCGACCCAAGAGUGUUUCUUUCCUGCCUUCCUUUGGGCUCGCAUCGCGUCCUACUGCACGAAUGGGACUCUUGCAGGAGCAUACAGGGACGUCCACUGCGGACAGCAUAGGGAGUCGGUACACUGCUGAAGAUUGA